UGUUCUCUUUCCUUUCUUUCUUCUAACUUUCUCUCCCACUCCCACUUCUCUCUCACAUCUGGAGGGUAUCUGGUGCGGCUGUGUGACUCCUCGCCUGCUAUGGGACAGCCUGUGUUUGGACUGGACGUCAGACUUCAGUGCAUUUCAGCAAACAUCGUUGGAAACGGGAGAGCUCAGCAGUGGACAUGGCCUUUCCCAAGCAUUCCAUCCUACGGGCCCUGAGUGUGCUGCUCUUGGCCUCGGUUUUGGUGCGUUGCCAAGCCCCCCUUGAACCAGUGGAAGAGGAGGAGGGAGAGGAGACCAACAUCACAACAGCGGUGACGAAAUCUCAUCUGGUCCUAUGUCCGCCAGAGUGUAGCUGUACAGCAGAGGGGGCAGUGGACUGUGCUGGAGUUGACCUCACCGAGUUCCCCCCUGAGUUGUCUGAUAAAACCCGCCAGCUCUCUCUACAGAACAACAAAAUUGAGGAGAUAACAGUGGAGCACAUUUCCCACCUGCAUCAGCUCGAGACUCUCAACCUUCAGAACAACUGGCUCACCACAGAUGGCCUUGAAGAUGAAGGUUUUGAGAUGCUCGAACAGCUGGCCUAUUUAUACUUGGCAAAUAACAAGCUUACCUCUGCACCAAAGGUCCUACCACCCUCUUUGGUUAGUGCUGAUUUUGCUGCUAAUCAGCUUGUAAGGAUCUACCCAUAUACGUUUGGCCAUAAACCAAAACUGAGGUCUGUGUAUCUUCAUAACAACAAGCUGACUGAUGCAGGACUUCCUGAUAACAUGUUCAAUGCUUCUAACAAUCUGGAGAUCCUUACCAUGUCCAGCAACUUCCUGCGUGUUGUACCCAAGAGCCUACCCUCCAACCUUUACCGUCUUCAUCUCAAGAGUAACAAGUUGGAGAAAAUCCCAGCGGGAGCGUUUGACAACUUGUCAAACCUCAGAGAGUUGUAUCUCCAGAACAACCUCCUCAGCAAUGAGGGCAUGGACAACGAGACUUUCAGCCAGCUGAGCAGUCUGGAGUGCCUGGAUUUGUCGAAUAACAACCUGAGCAUUGUUCCCAAGGGUCUGCCUCGCAGUCUAGUGCUCCUACACCUGGAGAAGAACGCCAUCCGCAGCAUCCCUGGAGAUGCUCUUACCUCUGUCCGAAACCUUGAGUACCUGCUCCUGCACAAUAACAAGCUCCGCUCACGUUCCAUCCACCCAGCUGCUUUUCAGGGUUUGAAGAAGCUGCAUACUCUACACAUGUACAACAAUUUGCUGGAGCGGGUUCCCAGGGGCUUGCCUCGACGGGCCAAGACCCUAAUGCUGCUCCACAACUCCAUUUCCGAGAUUGGUCGUAAUGACCUGAUCCUAUUGUACACCCUGACGGAGCUCAACCUCAGCUACAACAAGCUGACCAGUCCGAAAGUGCACCGCGAGGCCUUCAGGAAGCUGCGUAUAUUGGAAAAACUGGAUAUGUCGGGGAACAACCUUCACUCCAUGCCUCUGGGUCUUCCUCGCAGCCUGCACAUCCUCGAAAUCAAGAACAACCAGCUCAACUCCAUACCGGACGGUGCGCUUACAGGCAUGGAGAAACUACGAAAGCUCAUCCUGAGUGACAACGAGCUGAAACUGAACUCAGUCUACCAGGGAGCCUGGAUGGAGCUCAGUGCACUCGCAACAUUAGAUCUGUCUGGCAACCAGCUGUCACACAUCCCCUCUGACCUACCUGAGUCUCUGGAGUACCUUUACCUGCAAAGUAAUCGCAUCUCCACUGUUCCUGCUUCAGCAUUUGAAGGCACUCCGAACAUCAAAGGCAUCUUCCUCCGGUUUAACCGCCUGUCUGUGGACUCUGUGGAUGAAAGCUCUUUCGCACACCUGUCCAACUUGCAAGUGCUGGACUUUGGCACUGCAGCAGGAAACGCCGACUUCCCCUUUAAAAGAGACGAGAUGGAGGAACAGGAAACAUAACUGACAUUGGACUGGAUUGCAUAAAGGACAGAGAGGGCUUCUACAUCGGAUUGAACCUGUGAAUGUCUUUUCCCAGGUACAUGAUUGUUUUGUGCUGAGUGGCAGAGUCACAUAUUUCUGGUGCAGGAUACCGGAUGAAGUUACUUUAGUUUCCAUUUUAUGGGCUGGUUAGUAUUGCAUAUCUUUAUAUCGAAGCCUUAAUAUUUGUUUUUGACUGUUGACAUGCAGCGUCUAUCAUCUGUGUUUUGUGCUUUAUUCUGAACAAUGCAUUCACAAAAGUCAAUGUGAAUUUUCCCAUGUAAAUGUCUCUGAAUCAAUUACCAAAAAUGUAAGCAGAGUGAAAAAGGACAGAUUGUCUUUAUGUCUGCUUUAUGUCAUUUUGUUAAUGGCUACCAUGUCUCCCUGGCAUAAAAAGGUGAUUGUACUAGAAAUACUGUGAAACAAUUUGUAUUUUUAACACUAAGGGUGGCCAGACAAGCAGUCUGACUCCCAUUGAAAUCUGUUGAAUGAAACACUGCGACUGUUAAAGGGGCUUCAUUUCAAUUUCAUUAUCGAGUAAUCUAUCGCUUAUUUUUAAUCAAUUCAUCUUUGUCUCUGUCGAAAGCCCAACACCGGGAGCAACGGGAACACACUGCCUGCAUUGCUGGUGCGUGGCAGCUGCGUCGCCGACCUGCUGCAGCUCGCACCUGUGUGUUGUCACACCGGCUGCAUAUCUCCUGCAUCCUACGCAGGCAGUGUGUCCGCUACGCUAUAACCCUUUAACAUGGGCGUCGAAAUGAAAACCAAGACAUUCCACAGCUGCCACGCACAUGCCACAGGGCGGGUGUGUUCCCGGCUUGAGGUGAUUUUGUCAUAUCAACAAUCCAAAAAUCUCAACGUUUCCAUUUAUAAUGAUAUAGAGUAGAAAAAAUAGCAGAAAAUAAAACAUCUCAUUUGAGAAGCUUUAAAGUUACAAUCCUUAAAAUGUUCAUUAUAUCAGGAACUGUUUUUAAUACGAUUUAUGGCCCACAUACUUUAGCAAAAGGCUCUCACUGUAUUUGCAUUCCUCAAUUUUGAUUCUACAUAGACGUGUUAUUGUUACUGGCAGAGUCUGCUUUUCUCAGGUGGACUUCAAAUUAAGAAUCAAUGCACAAGUGGUUAAAGGAAAUGAAGCUUAAACGCACUGGACACGAUGCAGAUAUUUCACACACUGCAGAGUUCAGAACAACUGAGAUUGUUUACUGUCUUCUUCAGGCUUUUUGUAUUAAAACAUUGUGACACUAUGAAUUAGUCCAUGAUUUUAUUGGUUGUGCUCCAAAGCUGAUGUCUCCUCAUCUUGUGUAAUGAAAACACACUUUCUGUUACGACCAGCUUUCAUCAGAUCAACCAGAAAUGAAAUGUUAAGGAUUGUAACUUUUGAUGGUAAAUGAUAUUUAAAGUAAUAAUCGUAAUCAAAUUGAUCUAUAUUAAUUUUCUUUCAAUUGACUUAUUUCGAGUACUGUGUCAGCACUACUCUCAGAUCAUUCAGAUACAGCCAGUGAUAAUCUUAGGCAGUGAUUUACCUACAAUGUGGAUGAAUUGGUAUUUUUAUGAUAUUCCUUUACCGUGUUCUUGUGAAUGAAAUAUUCCAAUCAUAAAAGCAAUUUCAACAUAUAUGAAGCUUCAGUCCAGGCUGCUGCUGCUAUUUAAAUCCACUCCUGUUUCAUAGAAAAGAUAGCACAUAUUUUUAUAUGACAUUGAAAAUACUCAUCCUAUUACACUCACUAUAUUGCUAUGAAUACAGUGUCACUUUCACAUACAGCAGUAUUGUAUUGUCACAUAUACAGUCAUCAAACACAGCAAUAAAUUAUUUGAAAAGGCUGAAGAAGACGUGUGC